AUGUGUCCCUACAACGGGACAUCUGCAGCCACACCAGAGAUAGUUGGCUCCACUACCGUCCCGAAUCGCGCUCCCGGUGUUGCUGAAUAUUUAUCAAACGUCCUUGAUGAGUACAAAUAUCACAUUUGGCAGCGACAGGACGAUGAACGGUCGAUGAUCAUAUCUUCCCCUUCUUUAGUUCAAGAGACACUUCCGAUGUUCAAGGAUCGUUGGUGUGGAGGCCCAGAGCAGCAUGUCAGCGAGUUCUACCAUAGAAUCGAGCCAGCGCUGCGGCUGACAUCUUUCCUACUGAAUGAAGACUACCCUCUCCUUUGGUUUUGCCAUUUUACUUUUGGCGAGCGACGUCGCGAUGAACAGGGUAUUUACAUCGUCUCUACUGCUUAUUCCCAUUCAACCGACGCUAUCGUGCGGGUGCGAGCCAACCUGAAGGAGCUGGGAAAGGUGAUUAGCUUUCUCUUCAUGCCGCGUGAGUGGAAUGAGAAGGCCUGGGGCAUGAGCUUUUCUGGUCGCAAAGGUUUCCCCCGGUAUUUCCGCCAUUUCAAAGACCACGAUUUUCCGCCUUCUCGGUCCCGCAAAGGAGCCUGUCACCCUGUUGUCGCCAUAUCCUCUAAGUUCCAGGAUUAUUUCCGACAAGACUAUUCAAGAAAGAGCACACCUGGCGAGCGUUAUAGGGCUCUCUACAUGUUCGCGGUGACGCUUGGACACGAAAUUGCGCAUGCCUAUAAACAAUGGCUCGUCAGAACUGGACCUUCUGAAUCCAAAGAGGAACCUCGCUGGUGCAAACGAGACAAGAUCCACGAACUUGGAUUUUCAUGGGAGACACAUAUCAUGGGUCAUGUUACGGAUCCGACGCAGUCUGAGAGGGGAAGUUUCCCCUAUCUUUGCUCAUUACACCUUGAAGAUUACUCCUCGCUGGCCGAUCGUGCGGUAUUCGUGCGCAAGCUCAAAGGCCAUUCCAAAGCUGAAUUUACAACACGAGAUGUCGCCGGUAUCCAUCGACAAUGGACAGCCCUCACUCCUUCGGAAUUUCGCGGCGGGAAAUGGUUCCUUGAUCCGAAAGCAACAGCCUUCCUGGCUAGCUACCAGGUCAUACCAUUACAGUGGGUUAUGGACUGGUUCAGCGAAGAUGUCAUGUCGCGUCGUAGAGCCGAAUGGGAGCUAGCACGGUGUUAUAAAACAACACCUUUGCCUGACACAUUCAUGAUCAUAUACGAGCGGAAUGCGAAGGGUAUUCAUAUUCAGCGACCCCUCAACCCCCACUUUCCUAUCGAUUGUGACAUCAUGCAGCAGAGAAGGAGGUUGCAAGCGAACGGAGGGCAAUAG